CCCUGUGGGCUCCAGCCUGAGGACGCUUCUCUCUGCCUCCUUCUCCUGUUGUUGGUGCUUCUGCUCAAAGCUGCUAGGAUGUGUGGCCGGUUCCUGAGGCGGCUGGUGGCUGAGGACAGCUGGCAUUCCACACCUGUGGGGCGCCUCCUGCUUCCGGUGCUCCUGGGAUUCCGCCUCGUGCUGCUGGCUGCCAGUGGGACAGGGGUCUAUGGUGAUGAGCAGAGUGAAUUUGUGUGUCACUCUCAGCAGCCAGGCUGCAAGGCUGCAUGCUACGAUGCCUUCCAUCCCCUCUCCCCACUGCGCUUCUGGGCCUUCCAAGUCAUUUUGGUGACUGUGCCCAGUGCCCUCUAUAUGGGUUUCACCAUGUACCAUGUCAUCUGGCAUUGGGAAGACUCAGGAAAGGUGAAGAAGGAAGAGGAGACCCUGAUCCAACAAGGAGAGGGCAGCAAGGUUGCCUCAGUGGCUGGAAGCCCCAAGUUGCUCUGGGCCUAUGUGGCCCAGCUGGGGGUACGACUGGUCCUUGAGGGGGCAGCCUUGGGAGGGCAGUACCAUCUGUAUGGGUUCAAGAUGCCCAGCUCCUUUGCAUGUCGUCGAGAACCUUGCCUUGGUAGUAUAACCUGUAACCUGUCCCGCCCCUCUGAGAAGACCAUCUUCCUAAAGACCAUGUUUGGAGUCAGCGGGCUCUGUCUCUUGCUUACUCUUUUGGAGCUUGUGCUCUUGGGCCUGGGGAGAUGGUGGCAGACCUGGAAGCAAAAAUCUUCCUCUUCUCACUACUUCCCAACUUCAGAGAGCACCACAAGACACAAGGAACCAACUGAUAACUUCCCAGUGGUGGAAUCAAAAGAGCAGUUCCGAGUAGCAGGUGAGAAGGGCACUGAUGUCUCUCUUUCUUCUUUGUCUGAUGUCUCUGUCCAGAUGAUCUCCCACGGCAGGCCCUUUAUUCUCUGGGAAGUACAAUUCCCACAUGUUACAAAGUAGAAAAUCAGGUUCUAGGCAAUGUCCUGACCACUGCUCCCAACCCAACCUCCAUCCCUGUCAAUUUGACCAUUCCUUCCAAUGAACCAGGACCAGAGUGCUCAGUCAGUUGUAACUCCUUGCCCUUCCAUUGAGGUCUCUUCCCCCUUAGAAAAAGUCUCAGCUUCUGCUUGAUUCUCUACUUUUCAGAGAUAUGAAGAUACCUGGCUCCACUCUGAAGGAAAUCCUAUGAUUGGAUCUUCUUCCCAACAUCCAGUGAGUGGGGAUUUACCUCCAUGACAAAUUAGAGGCUAUUGAAGCAUCUCUAAGGGCUAUGGUGGGUCAUGCUGUCUAAAGAUUUUCCUUGAAGAACUCUUGUUUGUGCUUCCUCACCAGAAUUCUCUGGUGUAUUACAGUUUUCUUCACCCUUGUCCUGUGCAAUAAAUAUUGAUUACUGUUGUGGCAUUCUUAUUGCUAAAGACAAUCCUUCUUCCUGUCUCAAUGACUUUACUUAUCUCUCUCCUGUUGUUCCCAUUCUCUGCUCCCCCAACUUCAAAGUCCUGUCACCCUUGAAUAUCUCCAGCCUUGCAGUAUAUGUCAUAUCC